CAUUGCUGGUUUAAGAACGCAACACACAACUUGCCUCUAGUGCAUCAAACUCACGGAGUAUACGAACACAGACCUAAACAGAGAAAACUCACGGAGUAUACGAAUACAGAGGUAAAGAGAGACAAAGAGGCGACUUUACAACAGAGACAGGUGCAGAGGAUGUCCAGGGCAGACUGGUCGUUCCUGGAGCACCUACUGGAGGAAGGGCAGGAGUACUCCACAGGCGUGGGCCGAGUGUGGCUCACAGUUCUCUUCCUGUUCCGCAUGCUGAUCCUGGGCACUGCGGCAGAGUCAGCCUGGGAUGACGAACAGGAAGACUUCCUGUGCAACACACGUCAGCCGGGCUGCACCUCUGUGUGCUACGACAAGGCCUUCCCCAUCUCACACUUCCGUUACUUUGUCUUGCAGGUGGUCUUUGUGUCCACACCCACCAUCUUCUACUUUGGCUACGUAGCGGUGAGGGCAGCCAAGGACAAGAAUAACAAGGAGGAGGGGGAGAGGAGGAAGACUGAGGUGGGUGGUGGAGAAGCAGCAGAGGGCCUGAAAGAGAAGAAGAUGGAGGAGAGGAAGAAGGAAGAAGAGGUGGAGGAGAAGGAGGGAGAGAGGAGAGGAAGGAAGUCUGUGAAGGUGCUUCCAGAAGCUCCCAAGCUGAAGGGGCGUCUGUUGUGUGCGUAUGCUGCCAGCAUCCUGCUCCAGCUACUCCUGGAAGCCAGCUUCAUCGCUGGACUCUGGCUGCUCUAUGGCGGCUUUGUCAUCCACGCCAGGUUUGAGUGCGUGCGUGACCCCUGCCCUCACAUCGUGGAUUGCUUUGUAUCCCGUCCCACUGAGAAGACCAUCUUCACCAUCUACACCCAGGUAAUCGCCGCCAUCUCCCUCCUUCUCAACCUUGUUGAGCUCUUCCACCUGCUCCAGCUGGCCAUCACCUACCGGCUGGAGAAGUUCUACCGCAUCCAGGAUCGGUGCAGCAUGCCCGGCAUAGGAAGAGCUAUGGCUUGCCCUGUGGCACCGGCAUCCUCCUACCAGAGCCACCUCUACCAGCCUGAAGGGAGGGAACAAGGCUAUCCCCAGCCGUGUGAGAGCUACGUUGCAGCAGAGGUGACCUGGGGCACUGGGGACCCCCCCACCACAGGGGACCUGCUCCCUAGCUACCUCACCUGCAUGGGGGGUUUGAGGACCACACACUCCCCCCGAACCCAGGUCAAGAAACACACACACAUCACACAUGAUGGCACACACACAAAGGGUUCCCAUAAGGGACAUUCCAAACCGAAGCAUUACGUUUGAGAAACCCAUCGACUGUACUAUGUCAAGGUGGAUAGGGGUGUGGAAGACUAACAACGGCUACAAUAUGUGGACAAUGAAUGAGUUCUACUGCAUUUGCGUGACUAAGUGAUGUGAAGAUACCUAGAAGGGAGAGACAGUUGCAGAAAUGGAAAAUAAAUGGAUAAAUUGACUUUAUUCAAAAUGAAAUACAGGGAGAAAAAGUUUCUGGAAAAAAAGUGUCUGAAAUGAAGGAAGGCAAGUAAGGGAGACUGACUUGGAUGAAAGUUGUGAUGAAAUUUGACAAUGAAAACACAGGGAGGACACCAACUAUAGGGGACGUGUGUGAAAAUGUUUACUGUAUAUAUGUGUGUGUGAAUAUGUUUCCUAUACAUUGUGUGUGUGUAUGAAUA